AUGGGAGUUGCUCUCAAGCUCCUCGUAGCUUUUCUGCUUGCUGCGUGCUGCCCACACGGAGUUCAAGGUGGAUUUUUCCGACUUCGUUGGUCUGGCGUAUCAGAAGAAAUGAAGCAGCCGUUGAUUGAACAAAAGAAAGAAGAAGCGAAGAUCCCAGUCACUGAGAUACUUCGAAGCCAAGACUGUUCCUUCACCUCCGAAGAAAAACAAAAUGUCUUGCAGAAAGUAGCCCUAAUGGCCCAGCUUGAGAAUUCAGGUGUAAGAAUGGAGUCAAAUGCAUGGGAGGCUGUAAGAUUUGAGGCAAACAAGCAGAGUAUGUUUAUCACUCAUCGAUCGGCCGAUAAACGCAUUAUCACAGUUAUACGAUUCCCUCACUGA